AUGCCUUAUCGCGAUCUAAUCUCUGAAAAAGCCUGUCUGAACAGCCAUGUCUUAAGAGAUUGUUUGAAGGUUCCGAGUGAAGAUGGCAGGCAGGAAGUUGUUCCAGAGGUGGAGACCAACUGCCAAGAAGGCCCAAUUUCUAGUCUUCUCUUUUCGGGCCUCUCUCAGGGUCAGUGUUCUCAACCACCUCACCUUGGAAAAUCAGGGAUAUAUAAAGGACACUGUUUCCGAAUCAACCACUUUCCUGAAGACAAUGACUAUGAUCAUGACAGCUCUGAAUACCUCCUCCGUAUCGUCCGUGCCUCCAGCGUAUUUCCUAUCCUAAGCACGAUACUGCUAUUACUGGGAGGACUCUGCAUCGGAGCUGGGAGGAUUUACAGCAGCAAGAACAACAUUAUCCUCAGUGCUGGGAUACUUUUUGUUGCUGCAGGCUUAAGUAACAUAAUUGGGAUAAUUGUGUACAUAUCCAGCAAUGCAGGUGAUCCUAGUGACAAGCGGGAUGAAGACAAAAAGAAUCAAUACAAUUAUGGCUGGUCUUUUUAUUUUGGAGCCUUGUCUUUCAUUGUGGCAGAGACAGUUGGAGUUCUAGCUGUGAACAUUUAUAUAGAGAAAAACAAGGAACUGAGGUUUAAGACCAAGAGGGAGUUCCUUAAAACGUCUUCCUCUUCUCCUUAUGCCAGAAUGCCAAGCUAUAGAUAUAGGAGGAGGCGGUCCAGAUCAAGUUCUCGAUCUACAGAGCCUUCUCCAUCAAGGGAUGUUUCUCCGGUGGGCCUGAAAAUGGCAGGUUCUAUUCCCAUGAAUGAAAUCUCCAUGUACACACUCUCCAGGGAACCCUUAAAGGUCACCACCGCUCCAAGUUACAAUAUGGAACAAGAUGCUGGUUUCCUUCAAGUCCACAAUUUCCUGCAGAAGGAAUUCAAAGAAGGACUUCAUAUCAACAUGGUCAACAGGAGAACGACACCUGUUUGAAGGGAUUUGCUUCCACUGUCAAAAGUAACAAACAUGAAACAGACAAGGCAAAAUCCAUAUCUUUUAUACAUGGAAAUGUAUGUAUUUUGAAAAAGAUCUUGCAUACCUCAAGGUAAAAUCACAUGAAGAGGUUGCAGUCAGAGGGACUGAAAUACUGUAAUGACCUGAAGAUACAGAACUGUACAUUUCUAGCUGAUUUUUAUAAGCUCUUUCAAAGUUUGUUUAAUCGAGAUUCUCAGUGUCACAACACACAAACACAUACCCACAAGAAAUUAAAAUCAGCAGCUCCUACCCCUGCACUUUUGUAGUACGUGUAGUAUAACCUGUGACAUGAAAAACAUUUUAGCGAUAGUAAGUUUUUAACUUUUCAGUGUGGAUCUUUUUGUAUAAUGCUAUUCUUUGGUACAAACAGAAAUCAAUCACAAAUGCUGUCUAGUGCUCCUAUUUCCUUUGAGCUGGAAAAAGAAAAAGAGGGAGUGGUUGUUCCUCCCAAUGGUUUGUGUCGCCUCUUUAAGAUGGGGGAAGAAAGCAAAAUGUCUGGGGAUGAGAGUGUGUGGUUUUAGUCUGGAUGGCUCAAAACCUUGCAGGACACGAUACCAGGAAGCCAAGAAGAUGUGGAAACCAAUGAAAAGCAUUUCUGCUGUGGAGCUUGGGGUGGGGAAGUAGGGUGGAUGCAGGUCAGUUGUUUAUCUCAGUAGGAAAUCUUUGUGGAGAAAGGGACUGAACUAGGAUUGAAUUCACUGACCUGUUAAGGUGAACGUCAUUCUCUCUCCCCCAUUCCCCACCUCUCAGGCUGUUCAGUGUCCUUUGGAUUUUGUACAACUUUUUGGUCUAUACACGCUUGAGUAAAUACUGUUUUUAGAUUUUUUUAAAAAAGAAUAUCUCUUUUUUUAAAAAAAAAAAUGCUGUACACCAUCCUCUCCCUGUUAAGAUGAAUUAGCCCUCCUCCUCACAUUGGAAGGAAGGAAGAGCUGGGGGAGGGGGAAGUCUCUCGGACACCAUUUUAUAUUUGAGGCAAGCCUAGGAGAAUGAAAGGAGAAUCCUCUCAAGGGAAUGGAGACGAGAUCCAACCAUGGCGACUCUGUUUAUAAAGAAUGAGACCAUGGCCCUACAAUAUCACUUUUUAGGAACUAGACCAGAGUUUUUUCUCAGCCCAGUACUGCACCCAAACAUGGAUUCCCCAGUUGGUCUUGGAAUAUCGCUCCCACCUCCUUGACCGCUGGGCACGCUGACUGGGACUUCCAGCAGUUCAGGUCCCAGUAAUACUUGGUGGCCCAAAUUUGGGAAGCACUUUGCCAGGAUCUGAACCACAGCUUGGGAGAAAAUUGGGGGCCAGAAACAAGCAUUAAUUAGUUUUAGUAACUGAUCGCAUUAUAAGUCCUUUGGGCAUCUUGCCAAUACCAUCCUUCCAUAAAAAUAUACUGCCUAGGAAGAUAGUGCCGCUGGGCAUUGCCAUCUCCUGAAACUUGGUGUGGGAUCCAGUGACUGAAAAGAGAAAUACUGUCCCUCCCUCCCUGCGAUGGAUGGAAGUUGCAAACACACGUACAUUUGCUUCUUCUGUCAAGGAGUAUUUCCUCUGGUGCAGGAAGAGGGACAGGAGAGAUUUCAAUGCUGCUGCUGGGAGUGCCUUCUAGGCUGAUGUGUGAAUAUCCCUCAUUCUUGUUUUUGUUGCAAUUCUUCAAAUUCCUCCCCUCCCCGGAUUUAAAUUUUGAAAUGCCGCCCACUGUUAACGUUCACGCUCAAUUUCGUACAUUUUCCAUCUUCGUUCUACCAAACAUAUGCAUUCAUUUAUCCAUUCUGUGCCAUGAAUGUAAUUUCCCCAAGACUUAAAUUGAUUUGUGUGUUAUUUUUUUAGUGGUAUAUAUUUUAUCCAGUUACUUUUUGUUCGGUGACCCAUGCCUUUGUACACACUCAAUUUCCCUGUGAAAUCCUGGAAGCCUGGCAGGCAUGUAAAUACUCAAAGCUAAGUCUGUUUUGGAGGGGAAAGUUCUUUUGACUUAGACCGGAGAAGCCAGUGAGGUUCCUCUCCAUCCCUACCUCCAGCAGCAGCACUUGGCCUUGUUUUCUUUUUCCCCUCCAGGAAUGCCAGUGGCAAGCGGGAAGUUGAGCAGGGUUGCAGCGCGUGGGGCUUCAGUUGAGAAGUUCCCUGUUCCUGACUUUUCUCAAUUGAGUAGAUCAGGUUAGGAAAAUGGACUUCAUUCUAAAUCCAGAUUAGCAUCCUUGCAAUUCCAACUGUUCUCAGAUCUUGGGCAAUGACUAAGGUUCUGUCUACUGAAUUUGCUUGUACUAAGCUCCAUUUCUGCUUCACAAGAUGAGCUGACCUGAAAGGAGGAUAUUUUAGAAAGAUUUGCAUAGUUACCCUUGUUUUUCUAUGCUGAGCUACUCUGACAGCUCAGAGAUGCCUUUUUAAAAAAGCAAGGGAAAAAAACAUACAUAAGCUGUGACUGAACUGGAAUCGGGGCGGGAGGUAUGCAUCUUAAGAAGUUAAAAAUGCCCUGCUGGAUCAGGCCAAAGUUCAUCAACUCCCAGCAUUCUCCUCUUUCAUUCCCAGUCAUGAUGUCUAAACCAAGGGAUGAUCAAAUUAUCCGCAGUUGGUUGUCCUUCAUGAAUGAGUACCAGAACGUGAGGAUUCCACCUAGCAACCAUGGCCUUAGAAGCAUUGAUAGACAUGUUUUCCUCUAUGAUUUUUGUCUAGUCCUUCCAAGAAGCCAUCCAGACUAUAGCACUACAUCCGUUAAUACUGAACUCCCCAAUGCUAUUAUCUUUCAUCAGAGGUGGACAACUUGUGGAUUUCUAAGUGUCGCUGGACUACAUCACCCAUCAGCUGUGGUGAUGAGAGAUGCUGGAAGGAGCUGUCAAGCAACCUCUGGAGUGCCCCAAGUGGAGAUGGAGGAUUUGUAUUCAUCUCCCAGGGGAGACAAAUACGAAGCCCACCAUCACAACUAGCCUGCCUGAUUAAACCCUCCCUUUCUUCACUGGGCAUCCACUUACAGGGUGGCCCACACCGCCAUCGUUCUUCUCUCCAUGCUAA